AGGGCAAGUACGAGGUCUACGGAGUCGUAGAGCACUGUGGUCAGACGUAAGUUCUUCAUGCCAUUUUACAAAAUCCGAAUUGUCCUUUACAUCACAAGCGUAUGCUAACAAGAACGUCGUGCAGAAUCAACGCCGGCCACUACACGGCCCUGGUGAAAACCAGCGGUAAGUGGUGGCUCGCCAACGACCACAAAGUGCGGGAGAUGAGCGAAGAGGAGGUGGCGAAGCGGCGUGACGGCUAUCUUUUCUUUCUUCGGAGGAAAUGAGCCAGCCUGAUGCCAGGGAGCUG